AACAAGGAAAAGAUAGUUUAGAAACAAUAAAUAUGGUGGUAAUGAUGGAGAGGUCUUUUUUGGCUGGAUUUUUGCUUGUUGGUAAUCUACUUUCUGUAGGCGAUGCAAACCCGCAGGAGGUUAAACUGUACGUCCGGCGAGGGGAAAACAUUAUGCUGCCGUGCCACCUUACUUCCGGUUUGGACCCCGAAACGGUCUCGGUACGCUGGAAAUCAUCCAAGGACUCUUACCUCACUUCCGGUAAACGUGUCUUCAAAUACGACAACCAGAUUGAGGUCGUCAAGACAAGCACCAAUCACUGGAAUCUUUUGAUUAAGGCAGCCACGGACAAAUUUGCGGCCAAUUACACGUGCACGGCUGACCAAAAUGUGCUGCUGUCCAGAGUGCAGCUUCUGGUCUUGUUCGCUCCGAAAAUCGAAUAUGGUGGUUCAAGCUCACCGAAAGUGAACGUCGAUGAAGGUGGCACAGUGGAGCUCACGUGUGAAUUUACUGGUGAACCUGUACCGAACAUAACGUGGCUUAGGGGUGACGACAAACAUCCUAUCGGCAUCACGGGCAGCAAACUUUUUAUGCGUCACGUCAAGCGUUACGCAACCGACGUGUACACGUGUCGAGGAAAGAAUUCUGUCAGUUUCUAUGACUAUGCGAUCAAUCUUGCCGUGAAAUUUUCUGUCGAGGUUGACGUCAUGGAAAAGACCAUUUACGUCAAGAGGGGGGCAAUGUUUACGAUAUCUUGUAUCACGCAAGGGGAACCGUUAUACGACAUGUACUGGAUUGACGUUCAUGGGGUUAAAGUGACGUCAUCAAUGUGGAAGUACAACUUUACAACGGAGCCAGCAGGUGCUAAUGUGCCGGCCAAUUUCGUCACCUUGGAAACACGCACGGGUACGCAAAACGACUUUGGAAAGUACACGUGCGAGGCGAAGGGGGAGGGGCGCGUUGCCAAGGCAACCGUUGAAGUCAUUGAGCUUAACUAAUCUAAAUGGCAUGCGUCACUCAACAGAUAAGUGCGGAAAAACAAUUGAAAAUUAAAGCGUUAUCAAAAACAAACUUAACUCACUAUGAUGGAACUUGUAGAAAGAUCCUGACUUAUCCGAUGUACAAAUAAUUUAGCUUGUAACGGUAUUAGCGGUUAUAUUAAAUAAUGAUAGCUGGUGCUGGUGUAUAUGUUCAUAUAACAUAACAUAAAUUUCAUUUUGAUUUAAGCAUAUACAACUUAUCAUCAUAUACAUCAAUCAGUUAUUCAUAAAUACACAACAAAUGAAAUAAAACUCAAUCGAAAUUGAUAGCAUUAAUUAGCUUCCUUAUGGGUUUUUCGCAGGCCAGUGCUAUUGAACGAAUUCAUACUAUGUUUUGUAAAAGCCUGAUGUGCAUUAAAAUAACGACGCAAAAUGACUUUAUAAUGGAGAGUUAGGUAGAACUGAUAUGUACUCGCAUCGACUUACUUCUAUAGUUAAAUACUGGCUUAAGAUAUUACAAUGUGCAGAUAGAAAAUAUACGAGAGUUAUGUACAAUCUAUAACUACAAGACUUUGAAAACAAUCCUAGAUGUAUCAACUGGGUAUCUAUGUUACGAAAUAUGCUAUGUAAUUUUGGUUUUAAUGUUGUGUGGUUAGCACAAGGAGUUGCUAACAUUAAUAAAUUUGUUAUUGUUUUUAAACAACAUGUUAAAGAUACAUUUAUUCAAAGCUGGUACAGUAGAAUUGAAAGUUCAACUAGGGCCUCCUUUUACAAGAUAUUUACAAAAUUUGAGCUUAGUAAUUACCCUGAAGAAUGUUAAUGUGAAGAAAUAUAGAAUUGCCCUCACACGAUUGUUAGUGUUCUUACAUAGACUAAAUAUUGAAAGAGGAAGGUGGUCUAACAUUCCACGAAAUGAAAGACUCUGUAGUAUAUGUAACAAAUUAGAAGAUGAAUAUCAUUUUUUUGAGUGCAAGUUAUAUGAUGAAUUACGUGUAAAUAUAUAUUAAGAAGUACUAUAGAUUAAGACCGAGCAUGUUCAAAUGUACUGAUAUGUUACAGUCUAACAAUGUAUGCAUACUUCGAAAUCUUGCUGUUUAUGCAUAUAACGCCUUCCAAUUACGACGGCAAGCUACUACUGUUACAGUUGACAAUUGAUGCAACAAAACAAUAAACUACUAAUUACCUAUAAAUGUAUAAUUACAUGAGACAGCAGACACAGGGACUGGAACUGAAAAGAAAACAAGACAAAAAGAUCGAAUUCAAAUUAGAUUUUAUAAAAAUAUUUGCUUAUACAAAAUAAUAGUAUUUGCAUUAUAUUUUGUUCUUUUACUGGUUAUAACAUCUGGGACCAAUCGUACUCCAAAUUAACAUUUAAUAAAUACUGGUAAUUUAUUAUUAAUAAUCACUGAAACUUUUAAAUUAUCCAUUUAAAUUUAUGUCAUUUAUCUCUGACUACCAUAUCCUUCAAUUCUGAAGAAUCUCAUCAUUAAAUGUUGCAUUAAAUGAUAGACAACUGUACUAAAAUCAUUUUAUCCGCUAUUAAUCAGUUAAUAACUUAUCUGAUUAUCCAUCGUGUACUGAACUGUAUCUACGGUCUCGAAUCGGUAAUAAUCAUUGCUUAAACGAAAUUGCACAUGUCACUUAACUAUAUCUGAAAUUUAUUUUUACACUUUCCGUAUGUUUGUAUCUACUAUAUACACAUGACACUUGUCUUAUUAUUUGGUAUUAUUUGUUGUGUUUUGAAUAAUCUUUACUUUCACACGUGUGUCAACGUCGUAAAUAUAAACACACUAUGUAACCCAAAGAAAUACUUACGAAAAGAAGGUCGAAGAUAACUGAUUGUUAAUCAGAAAUUUAUAUGAAAGAAUAAAUCAUACACUGUACAACUAUUUAAUUUAUAGAAAAAUAUUAGGAAAACAAAUUUUUAUUUCAGUAAGGCAAAACUUCAAUGCCGACAAAAUAAGCUAUUUAAUCGAGUCCUGUAAUAGAACUUUCGCUUUCGAUUUCAAAUUUAGACUACUGUAUAGUGAAUGGGACGUAAUUCAAAAGUUAUCAAAUUCUAUAAAUACUGUUGUUAAUAAUAUGGUACAAAUGUACUAUUUUAGAGUUUAAUUCAUUUAUUUAUUAUUUAUGAUAUGUGUCGAACUCAUUAGAUGCAGUUGCUAUUUAUUUUUUUAUUUGAUACAAACAUACUUGUUGUAUAGUUUACAUGUUCGCUAUUUGUAUUUCUAUACGUAAACCAUUACAUAUUCUAUGACUGAUUUGAUCACGGGUCAUGUUGGCCUAUUUCAAAUAUUUAUUGUGUGUUAUAUUUCCUUGAAUAAACCUUCUUCUUCUUCUACAUAAAGCGUCGUGUUGACCUCGGGAGUUUAUAAGGCAUUGUAGGAGACUCUUUCAUAGUUACAUACUAACUUUUUUUAAUUACACUGACGCUUCAAGUUAGCUUGAAAUGUGUAUUAUUUGUUUAUGUACUAAUUGCUUUAUCAGUGAUAAAAAAA